GGUCAAUGAGGGAGGAGAGGAGAGGGAGGUGAGGUGAGGGCUGGGCCAGGAUGGACUGGAAGUGUGCGUCCUGCAGCAUUUAUAAACAUGGCCCCUUAACACACCUAAGGGUCAUUGUUUACAUCCAUCCAUACAUGCCAUUUCUGCCUGUAUGCCUGACUUGUUUGGCAGAGCUGUAGAAGACAGUGAAGUGAUCAUCUAACCUCAGGUUCUUCGUCCAUUUCAGCUCAACAGGCAUCAACUUGAAGCUUCAGCACCUGUUCUGCAGAGAAAAACACAUCAGAGGGAAAACCCUGUGGAUUUUGGCAGCUAAAAUAAUUCCUGUUUAGAUCUUCCAAACCAGCUGCCAACAUUUCACCCCCAACAGCCAUGUACAGCUCCAGCUACUCCCGGGCCAAGUUUGGCCUGGAGGGAAGGGAGCCUCUGCAUAGGCCUAAAGGGAAAAGCUGCGGCUACUACAUGAGGAUCGUCUUCUUCUUUUCUUCUCUGAUCCAGUCCCUCAUCAUCGUCAGCCUGGUGCUCUUCCUCAUCUAUGGACAGCCCGAGAAGUCUGCAGAGGAGAAGAGAUUGAAGGAGCUGGAGCUGAACUUCAACAGGCUGAGCGAGAACAACGUCCAGCUGAGGAAGGAGAAAGGGGAGCUUGGAGCUCAGCUGGGAGCUCGCACAGCUGAGAAAACUGCUUUGGAGAAAGAGAUGGAGAAGUUUAAGACUGAUGCCAACAACACAGAGCAUCAAUUAAAAAGCAAAUUAGCUAUCUAUGAAAGGCAGAUUGCAACAACACGUAGCACGAUGAUGCGGUGUCCCACCACUCCAAUGCUGUCUCCUGCCCUGGCCCCUUCUGGCAAUGAAUUGAAGACCUUGCAGAGCCUCAACAGCCAGCAGAAAGCUAUGAUAAAUCUCAUUGAGGCAAAUUUCAGCCAGACGGUUCAGUAUCUGAUGCAUGAGAGAGACAGUGCCCUCAAAGACAGAGACACAUAUCACCAGGAUACCAUCACCCUGCGCAGGGAUAACACCAUGCUGAAGGAGCAGCUCACCACCUACUCCAGGAAAUGCAAAGAGGACUUUGCUCAGUCUUUGGACGGGAUCCAAACGGUGACCAGGGAUUUCCUGAACAAGAUCAAUAACCUGUUUCCCCACCAGCUGACCUUCCACCUCACCUGUGAGCGCCAGCAGGAGCAAAUGGAGAAGAUAAAAAACAGCUGCACUAACCUGUCCAGAGACGUGGAGAAUAAGUUUCAGAUGUACUUAGACAACGUCGGCAACAAGGUGUCCGAGAUCCAAGGCCUGUCAAGUCGCCUGAUGGUGCAAACCUCACACUUGACCGCCGAACUGAAGCAGUGUGAACUCAGUCGCAGUAAGACAGUCGCCGACGCCGACUUGCAGCUACAGCAAAAGCAAAAGACUCAUGAUGAGCAGAUGGAGACAUUACUGAUGGAGAAGAAUCGACUGAGAGAACAGAAGAAACUGCAGGAAGACAGUUUGGCCCUGAAAGUGAAAGAGCUGCAGACCCUGAAUGACAUGCUCUCUGCUCAGCCCAACUGUAAGUUUGGUGCCCCUAAAACUCCUGGCAUACAGACGGCGCCACAGCUGAACAGACAAACUGUGGCCAACUAUCCCUCUAUUGGAGCACCCGUCCUCAGAAAAACUCCAACGGUGAGAUGAAAUGAACCAACAGUGUAAUCAUUCAAGGCACCAGUAUUGUGCCACAGUGAUCAACGUUCUGCCUUUAAAAGAAUUUAAGGACAUGUAUAUAAUUCUGGACAUACUUCACACAUCACCAAACACAACCUGUAAAUACUCUGACUCCACAUUAAUGACGUAUCUUUUGUUGUUCUGCUCUGUGCAUGCUUCAUGUAGCUCUACUUGGAAAAAAAAAGAAGUUUCAUUUGUGAGUUAAAAACAUUUGCUGUGAAAAUGUACCUGUAAAAAUGUUAAUGACACCGGUGUAAAUAUGUUCUCUUGUGAGUUACUCACUGUAGUUUUGUGUGGUUAAGAAAACAGAUAUUGGAAAAUCUUUACUUCAUCAUGGAAUUAAACUUUAAAAAACUGAGCACACCUUAA